AUGGCCAGUCAGGAACUUGAUGCGAGUGUCAUCGAUCCUUCAAGAGAGGCCUGGGCAAAGGGGCAACCACCAGCCUACCCCGCCAACCCUGCCUUCAUCCCGCUACUGGCUCAGUCUCAGGAUCACCAUGCCACUGAUUCGUCCCCGAGCUUUCCCAUCUACCAACACUACCAGAGCACAACUUCCCAAACACCACCCGCUCCACCACCCAAACCAGUUCUAUACCCUCCUCCACCAGCCACUCCUAUCUUCGUGGCGCUCCCUCCCGCUACACUACACAGAUCCUCCAGCGAGUCUAUGUUCCAAGCUCAUGACAACCAGUACUACCCCCCAGAAGCCACUUUCAAAGCUCCGGAACCCUAUUCCUACACUCCUUAUUUUGAUCUUCCUGUGGAAGCUGAGAAACCGUCCAAAAAUCCUGAUCAGGAGGAGAUGUGCAUGAACAGUGACCCGGCACCUGUUAUGAACAGUAAUCCCACACCUAUUCUGAACA